GAGAUCGUCGUGUAGUAGAUGAAUGGAUUCAGGGUCUCGAGAUUAUUUUCGAGGUCAUGAACUGCCCCGACCGUUAUCGCAUGUUAUGUGCCCAGAUCCAGCUGACCGGUGAUGCCAGACUCUGGUGGCAAGCCUAUUGGAGUAUGCGUCCCGGUGAAAAAGACGGUUGUACGUGGGACCAAUUCAAGGAACUGAUCCGAGAAAAGUAUUAUCCCUCGUAUUUCCGAGCAGACAUGGAGCGCCAGUUCUUGGCGCUCACUCAGGGUACUCGUACUGUUGACGAGUACGAACGAGAGUUCACCCGUCUCGGAGCUUUUGUACCAGAUCUUGUAGGUACGGAAGCAAAGAGAGCCCACCGCUUCACUGACGGACUUCGCCCAGCAGUCCGCCACAACAUCGUAGGCCACGGCGUCCAGACCUAUGCCCGCGCAGUUGCCAUUGCACAGGAAGUCGAUGCCAGUAUCCGACGUGAAGCCAUCCAGACACCAGCCCAGCCAGUUGCUCAGCCAUCAGCCCAGCCUAAAGUUGCCAACCGUCAAAGAACCAGAAGAAGAGGAAGUACAGAAACACUCUUGAUGACCGGAGGACCCGUCCCAGACAAUAUCCAGAAUGCCCAACCUGCGGGAAACACCAUC